AUGGCAAACGAGACGCCGACGAAAAAAAAAAAUAGAAAAUAUAGAGAACAAAAAAAAACGACGGUUUUGAUGAUCCGCCUUCGAGAUGGCAAUUGCGGAAAUUUUUUGCUUGUUUUGGUUUUGGCGUUGUUAUUCAGUGCAGAAAUAUGUUGCCUUGAUCAUGAAAGUAAUUGGAGUAGACUUAAAGGAAAAGAGAUCAAAUUUCACUAUUCUCCUUCUGUAACUGUCGUUAAGUAUAAAAAUUGUGAUAAUAUGGCUCAUUGA